AUGAGGAAACCAACCCUAAUGGAAUCAAUCGCUGAGAAUAGUCUUAUGCAAAAGAUUGUAGCUGACUACUUAAAUGAAAACUUGCGAUUAGAAACAAAGCACUUGACAUACGGGGAUGGGACCACUGGAUCUUACCGACUCAAAUCAAAUCUCACAAAUUUCAUCAAUAAUUAUUUCAAUCCAAUAAUAGAUGUGCAGCCAAGAGAGAUUAUCGUUAGCUCAGGAGUCAGUGGGACUCUAGACCAACUGAUUUGGACUCUUUGCAAUGAAGGAGAUGGGAUACUGGUGGGAAAGCCGGUAUACUCGGGAUUCAUCAAAGACUUUUACGCACGAUCCAGAGCGAAUGCGGUUCCGGUUUCAUUUGGUGCCAUAGACCCAUUCUCUAUACAAGCAUUGCAGUGUUAUGAGCAAGAGCUGGUCAAAUUCAACAACGAGCAUACUCAUGCCCGGAUACAGGCAGUAUUACUCGCAAAUCCGCAUAACCCUUUGGGAAGGUGCUAUCCCCGGGAAACGCUUGUUGAAUAUCUAAAAUUCUGUGAAAAGCACGAUAUUCAUUUGAUCGCCGACGAGAUAUACGCUAUGUCCAUAUUCAGAACAAGUUCCAACAAUGAUGCCGUUGAAUUCCAGAGUGUUCUGUCUAUCAAUAUGGAAGAUAUCGUGGACCCCAUGCGUGUCCAUGUACUCUACGGGAUGUCCAAAGAUUUUUCAUCCAACGGAUUACGUCUGGGUCUUGUGGUAUCCCGUAAUCCACAGCUCGUAGAAGCCAUGUCCAGCAUUACUAUAUUUUCAUGGCCUUCUGCACCCGCGGAUCUAGCCUGGUGUAUCAUGCUCGAAGACACUAUUUUUCUCGAGUAUUAUAUUUCGGAGCACCAAAAAAGAUUGGGGGAAGGCUAUGAGUUUUUGGCAGGGAUCCUGGACAACCUUGGGAUCGACUACGCUCGAGGGAGUAACGCAGGUUUUUUUCUAUGGGUGGACCUCAGCUUUGCACUAGAGCAACCAGAAGAUGGUAGCGAGCCAGGGUUGACGGAAGAUAUGAGACUAGAUCAAAAGCUCAUUCAGAAUGGGGUACAUCUUGCUGCCGGCUUGGGCUACCAAGCUGAAAAACCUGGAUGGUUUCGGAUGACAUUCUCCCAGCCCAGGCCUUUAUUGCUGAAAGGCCUGACUAAAAUGAUGAGAUUACUGAAAGGAGUAGAUCUUGAUAUAUUGGCCAUCCAAGGAUUAGAACCAAAACGAACAGCUUCCCACACGAACCAAAGGGUCCCCCCUUCGAUUCUGGCAACCUUUCGUCGACAGGCACCUACCCAGUGCUUCAACAACCAGCCACCCCGUAAGCCACGCUUCUUACCGCCUCUGUAA